AAUCAGAGCAGGUUCAGGUCUCCAAGAUAGACAACUGUGCAUGAGCCCAGGAUGCAGGACUUGGGGGGUCUCCUCUUUCCUUGCUGCCUUACCAGACCAAGACCUUUGCCUCCUCUGAGCCUCAGGACCCACCUGCUGCACACAGAAAGGGAACCAGAGUAUUUCAAAGGUUAAUCACAGUUGACUGUAGUUCUGAACUUCUCUAUUCUAGGUUUGUGGCCUUUUGUUUCUACCACAGGCUUCCUGUCUAAGCGUUCUCUGCCCUCUCAUAUCCUGUGGCUUCCUUUCUCUGUCAGAGGGACUGCAGAAGGCAGACUGUCCCAGACAUCACGGAGGGAUGCUGCUGUGGUUGCAGCUCAUGCUGUGUGGAGGGCCUCUGGCUCAAGUUCUGAGCUACCAGCUGGAACUACAGGAGUCGGUGACAGUGCAGGAGGGCCUGUGUGUCCAUGUGCCGUGCAAAUUUUCCUACCCCUGGUUGGCUUUUAUAGGCUCCCACAUGUUUUGGUUCCAGAAAGGGGCAGAUGUAGACCACGAUCCUCCAGUGGCCACAAACAUACCAAGCCAGAAGCUACAUGAGAGGACCCAGGGCCGGUUCUUCCUCCGUGGGAACCCCCAGGCCCAGGACUGUUCCCUGGACAUCAUAGAAGUCAACAUGGGGGACAGUGGAACUUACUUUUUUCAAAUAGGGAAAUAUUCAUAUCUAGAUAAUAUGCUUUCUCUAAAUGUGACAGCCCUGACUCACACACCUGACAUCCUCAUCCCGAGGACCCUAGAGUCCAGCCACCCCAGGAACCUGACCUGUUCUGUGCCCUGGGCCUGCGAGCAAGGCAUGGCCCCCAUCUUCUCCUGGACAUCAGCUGCCCUCACCUCCCCGGGUCCCAGGACUCACCUCUCCUCGGUGCUCAUCCUCAGCCCCCGGCCCCAGGACCACGGCACCAAUCUAACCUGUCAAGUGUACUUCCCUGCAGCUGAUGUGAUGGUGGGAAGGACCAUCCAGCUCAAUGUCACCUAUGCUCCACAGAACACAGCUAUCAGGAUCUUCCAAGGAAACAGAACAGUGCUGGAGACUCUGCAAAACACCUCAUCCAUUCUCAUCCUGGAGGGCCAGGCUCUGCAACUGCUCUGUGCUGCUGACAGUAACCCCCCUGCGGAGCUGAGCUGGUUCCGGGGGUCCCCCGCCCUGAAUGCCACCCCCAUCUACAGAAGUCCCAUCCUGGACCUGCCUCAAGUAGGAACUGCAGAGGAAGGAGACUUCACCUGCCGAGCUCAGAACUCGCUGGGCUCCCAGCACGUCUCCCUGCACCUCUCUGUGGCCUACCCCCCGCGGCCGCUCAGCCCCUCCUGCUCCUGGGAGGGCGAGGCGCUGCAGUGCACCUGCUCCUCCCACGCGCGCCCGGCCCCCACCCUGCGCUGGCGCCUGGGGGAGGGGCUGCUGGAGCGGAACCACAGCAAUGCCUCCUUGACUGUCACCUCCAGCUCUGAGGGGCCCUGGGCCAACAGUUCCCUGAGCCUCCGUGGGCCGCUGGGCUCUGGCCUCAGACUCAGCUGCGAGGCCUGGAAUGCGCACGGGAAACAGAGCGCCGCCGUCCUGCUGCUGCCAGAUAAGGGGCUCGUCUCAAAAGCAUUCUCCAAUGGAACAUUUCUGGGAACUGGCAUCAUGACCUUUCUUUUCCUCUGCCUCCUCCUGGUCAUGAAGAUUCUGAGGAAGAAACAGACCCAGGCAGGGACUCCGGACCAGGCAGGGAUCCCUCCAAGGCCCAGGGCCACACGGAGAAGCACGAUCCUGGACUACAUCAACGUGGUCCCUAACUCUGGCCCCCUGGCUCAGAAUCGGAAAGCCAAACCAAGCAGCCCUUCUCAGGCCCCUCCUCCGGGUUCCCUGGACUGUAAGAAGAACCAGAAGGAGCUACAUUUUGUUUCCCACACUAGCCAAGGACCCAGAUCAUUCACUCAAGCCUCAGAAUCAAAUAACCGAGAGGAGCUCCAUUAUGCCACCCUCCACUUCUCAGACCCCAGGCCGCGGAAGCCCCGGGAGCCCCAGGAUACCUAUUCAGAUUACGCAGACAUCAAGUUCCAUUGAGGGUCUCCAGGGCGGGAGCUGCAGGGCGGGGAUCCAGGGUAAGCAGAAUGGAGAGGGUGAGGAGAAUGAGCAGCCAGUCUCUCUCUCUUUAAAGGCAAUUAAACUAUCUCUUUGUGAGGUGAGCAAGCUAACCUCAGAGGUUAAGUCCUACUGGCUUGCUACCUAUUUUUGAGCAUAGUGUUUUUUUACACUUUAAAUGGUUGGGGGAGGGGCACCCUGCUGCCUCAUUCAGAAGAGCUUGUGACUCGAUCUCCCUGUCCUGAAUUCGAGCCCCAUGUUGAGUGCAGAGAUUAUUAAAAUAAUAAUAAUAGUAAUAAACUUAAAGAAAAUAAGUGGUUGGUGGGGAUAUCAAAAGAAAAAAAAUAUUUUGUGAUACGUGCAAAUGAUAUGAAAUUCAAAUUUCAGUGUCCAUAAAUAAAGCUUUGUUGAAGCACAGUCGCGCCCAUUCUUUUAUGUAUGUCUAUAGCCAAAGUCAGGCAGAGUGGAGUCUGAAAUAUUUGCUGUCUGGUCGUUUCCAGGAAGAGUCUGCAGAAUCUUUAAAUCUUUAAACUCAGCCACUUAUUUUUACAGAAGAGGAACAGAAGCAGAAGUUCAGAGUGAGCUCAAGAGCAGCCACUGCAAAAAGAGGCUAGCUGAGUGACAGGACAGGAAGUCCCCAGAGUGAGGUCUCUCUGGGCUAGAACACGGAGGGUGGGGGCAAAUGCAUUCUCUGACCCAUCUAAGGAUGAGCAAACACAUGAGGGGCAUGGAGGUGGAAAUACUCUCAAAAUGGAAUAGAAAACAAACUUCACAAUGUGCUCUGAAUCAACCUGCUGGUGAAGAGAAAAGAUGGCUCUAUUUCUCAGAGAGGAACGUUACCCUUUCCUUCCUCCCUCCCCCAGAGAUCCGUCCUAAUUGCCUCAUAGAAAGCUCUCUUGGGAGAUGGUUACUCCUUGUCAGGCUGAAAACUGAGGAUCCCAGCAUAGAUG